AAAUCGAUAAAUUCCAGAAAGGAGAAGGCAAAGAAGAAGAAAAGUACAUCGACGUUGUGAUUAAUAAAAAUAUGAAACUGGGACAAAAAGUAUUAAUUCCAGUAAAGCAAUUUCCUAAGUUCAACUUUGUGGGGAAACUUUUGGGCCCGCGUGGCAAUUCUCUGAAGCGCUUGCAAGAGGAGACAUUGACAAAAAUGUCAAUAUUGGGAAAAGGAUCCAUGAGGGAUAAAGCAAAGGAAGAAGAAUUGAGGAAAAGUGGAGAGGCAAAGUAUUUCCAUCUAAACGAUGAUCUGCAUGUUCUCAUCGAAGUGUUUGCCCCGCCAGCUGAAGCCUAUGCCAGAAUGGGACAUGCGCUGGAAGAAAUUAAGAAAUUUCUCAUUCCUGACUACAACGACGAAAUCCGACAAGCACAGUUGCAGGAAUUAACUUACUUGAAUGGCGGCUCAGAAAACGCCGAAGUUCCAGUAGUUCGUGGAAAGCCUCCUUUAAGGGCAAGGGGAGGCCUGUCUCCUGCUUUGGCAAGGUAUGCGGGGGACGUGUGUGUGUGUGUGUGUUUGUGUGGGGUGAAGAGAUCAAAUUCUGGCUGUUGGCAAUAAGCUCACUUUGCAGGG